AUGGGCAGUGAAGCACGAAGUUGGGCAGAUCAAUGGGGUGCAGGUGGUAUUGGUGCUAUAGAAUAUGAUGAGAUUGACACUAGAUCCCAAAAAGACACAAACAACAACAACAAGAAUUCUGGUGCCAAGGUUGGUUUCACUAAAGCCAAAGCAGUUGCUGUAAUAGGUCUUGAAAAGAUUAAAAGUGUGAUGAAUUGGACAAUUCAGAUCCAGAUGAAUCUGGUGAUAAUGAAUGGUCCAAAUUUGAAAGGUUUAGGAAAGAACAUCUUAAUAAGAACUACAAGUUUAACUGGGUACUAUGCUCUAAAGUGGGCCAAGUAUACAUGUGCUAUAAAGACAUUGGUGGAUACCCACAUAUGUGUUAGGAUUUUGAAUAAUAGAUCUACAAGCUUUAAGUGGGUGGUCAAGGCAGUAGUAAAGAAGAUGCAAACUUCUGAAAUAGUGAGAAUACGUGAUAUUAUACAAGAUAUCAGACAAAAAUUCUAUGUGGGGAUCAGUGUUGCUAGAUCAUGGAAGGCAAAGUUGAUAGCAAAGAAAAUUAUUGAAGGGGAUGUUGAUAAGCAAUUCGCAAAUCUAUGGAGGUAUGUUGCCAAGUUAACAAGGAUUAAUCAUAGGAAUACUUUGAAGAUCAUUGUUGAAAGACCAUUUCCAUCUAUACAACCAAGGUUUGACUCGUUUUACUUCUGUUUUGAUUGUUGUAAGAAGGGUUUCAUAAAUGGAUGUAGGCCAUUUGUUGGAGUUGGUGGCUGCCAUUUAAAGACCAAAUAUGGUGGGCAACUUCUAAUUGUUGUGGGCAGGGAUCCCAAUGAUCAAUAUUUCCCAUUGGUUUUUGGUGUUGUUGAAACUGAAACAAAGGAGAGUUGA